UGACAUUCCACGCACAUGCGGCAUGUGGUGAUUUUUAGGUUAAAUUUAUUUUAAGUCAUGGAAUAUGUAGUAGGCAGCGUUGCAGCAUUAGUAUCUGGAAACGUUACGCCAAGCCGCCCCAAGCAUUUGAAGAGAGCACUGACUCCAACCAAGCAUCAGCCAUCACCUAACGUUACGCCGAAAAGUGAACUCGUAGAUCGAUCUAUAUUUUUGUCGCCCACGUUACAAAAAAAGAAGGCAAUCGCGAAGAAAUCACCGAAGAGAAUAUUUGAGAAUCAAAACUUGGACGUGACCGAGGAAGACUCGAUCUUGGUGAGCCCCAAGGCCGACAAAGUUAAGAAACAUUUGGAAAUUGAAUUAGACGCAAAUACAAGUGUGAAUUCGAGUUUAUUGAGUCCAGAAUCGCCAAAAGACAGUGCCGAGAUGAAGAAAUCACCCAAAAAGUUGAAGGUUAUGAACGCAGCAGCACAUGUGUAUGAAAACACAUUACCUAAGAACAAUAAACGUAAGUUAAAUGAAGAAACAGUGACUAAGAACGUAGAAUCAAACGAUGCUAGUCCAAACAAGAAGAAAAAGCAGGAGCGUAAACCCUUGUCUCAGGAUGCUGCAAAUGCAAAUCAGAACGGAGCACAGAACCCUAAAAAGAAUAAAAAACAACAGCAGCAGGAAAUAGCAAAACCCAAUCAAGGUAAAAAUAUAAAACCACAAAAUCAAGUUCAAAAUUCACAAGCUAGGCAAAAACCUGGGCAGCAAAACAAGAAUAAGGCAGAGAAAAGCGAAGUACAGAGCCCCAAGAAACAAAAUCAACUUCAAAAUUUACAGAGUAAGCAAAAACAAAAACCUGCACAGGAAAACAAUAAGAAACCAGGGCAGAGUGCAGAAGCGCAGAGCCCGAAAAAACAAAAUCAAGUUCAAAAGACACAAGCCAAGCAGAACCAAAAAGCGGUACAGCAAAUCAAAAAUAAACCAGCAGAGAAAAGUGUAGAAGCACAGAGUCCCAAAAAACAAAACAAGAAAAAGAACAGGAAGAAUAAGAAGAAUCGGAACCAAUCAGUACCUAAACCUGAACCUAAAGUUGAAGCAGAAUCAGAAGAAUCCGACGAAGAUGAUGAUGAUGACAAUGAAAAUGACGAUAGUAUUGAUCCCAACACCUCAAGUAACAUAGGCUCUGAUUCUGAAGACGACUCUGACAAUGAAGUCGAAUCUGGUUCAGAUGAAGAUGAUGAUGAUGAAAAUGACGAUAGCAUCAAUCCCAAAACCUCAAGUAACAUAGGCUCAGACUCUGACGAUGAUGUUGAAUCUGGUUCAGAUGAAGAUGAUGAUGAUGAAGAAGACAAUGAUGAUGAGGAAAAUGAUGACACAGUUAAUCCCAAUGCAAUCACAAAUGAAGACUCCGAUUCUGAACAUGACUCCGAUGAUGAAAUUGAAUCUGAAAAUGAUGAGGCCAACAAACAAGUGUUGCAGCCGGAGGAAAGUUCUGAUGAAGAAGAGGAAGUAAAAGAUACAAAGAAUAAAGCAAAGAAACCGGAAAAGAAAGGCAAAGGUCCAAAAGUAGAAUUAACGGAAGAGCAGAAAACUGAGGCUUUGGAGGAAGAAAUCAAGCGAACAGUCUUUGUUGGUAAUGUGCCGUUUAGCAAAAAAUGUAAGAAAGAAAUCAAGAAGAUUUUUAAUGAAUAUGGGACUAUUGAAACUAUUAGGAUUCGCACUGUCCCCGUCAAGGAUGCUACUGUGACUCCCAAGCUGGCUGUCAUCAAAAAUGAACUUCACCCGGAGAGAAGUACCGUCAAUGUCUACGUCAAGUUUGCUGAUGAAACGUCUGUGGAGAAGGCCUUAAAAGCUAACAACACAGUCCUCAACGGCAAUCACCUGAGAGUUCACCGAACAGGCACGACCGGGGCCGUCCAUGAUCCCAAACUCUCCGUGUUUGUGGGCAACAUACCCUUCGCCCUUGAAGAUGAAGGGCUCAGGGCCAAGUUUGAGAAGUGUGGUGCCAUAGAGUCUGUCAGGAUCAUUAGAGAUAGGAAAACACACGCAGGGAAAGGUUUUGGAUACGUAAAUUUUGAGUCAAAAGAUGGAGUUGAGCUAGCUUUAGCCAUGAGUGAAGAAGACCUAACAAUAAAGAAUAGAAUACUAAGGGUUAAAAGAUGUACGCACACAGAGAAGAAAAAUAAAGAUAAGCUGCCGAAGAAGUUUGUAGGUAAUUUCCAGUCAAACAACAAAGUGCAAGGUGAUGAUGGUAAAAAGAAUAACGGAGCAUUCAGACGGAUCGAGAUGAAGAGAAAACUUGAGGCGCGUUCGGACGGUCCGGCGAACAAGCGCGCUAAUGAGAACCAGCCGCGAGACAAGAAGCAGAGGAAGGAGUUUGUUGGUAUGACUGCUGAGAAGAAGAAGAAGAGGAAGUUUGACAAAGGACAAAAGAAGAAGAAGGUUUUAGGAGAAAUUCUAGCCAAGAAGUAAUGUUACGUUAUAUUGACAAUAUAAUUUUACUCAUAAGUAUGUCUGUUUGUAUU